GCUUUGUUGAUACCAAGAUCCCCCGGAGCCUCAAAUUUCGACGGUAAAAUUGGAGCGACCAAGCCAAUUCGUGAUAAACGCUAUCAACAUUUAAAUAGUGCAGUCCAAGCUCAGGAACAGAGAACAACACGAGGGCGAGAAGAUAGUAUCAAUUCACGAUAUAGUGUAGACCCUGUCAAAUUUUUAAGAGACAAGGGUGAUUUUGACCAAGUAGCAGAAGAUAUAGAACUUGGUGUCAUGAAUUAUUAUUUUUAUUAUUAUUAUUACAGUAGUAGAAGAUAUAGAACUUGGUGUCAUGAAUUAUUAUUAUUAUUAUUAUUAUUAUUACAGUAG